AUGCCUUUGUCUGGCCGCCUUCUCAAUUGGGCCAUUACGGCCGUGGCCGGUUCUGGUUUCCUUCUAUUCGGUUAUGAUCAAGGUGUUAUGUCUGGCCUGUUGACAGGCGUUGCAUUCACCAAACAAUUCCCAGAAAUUGACACCACGGAUACCGGCACCGGAUCGUCCUCCCUCCAAGGCACAGUCGUAGCCAUUUACGAAAUUGGUUGCUUCUUCGGCAGUAUCUUCUGUCUCUUGUUUGGAGAAAAGCUUGGACGAAGAAACUGCAUAUGGCUUGGGUGCUUUGUUCUAAGCAUUGGUGCUGCUCUCCAGGCCGCUUCUUAUGGCAUCCCACAAAUGAUCGUCGGUCGCAUCGUGGCUGGGCUUGGGAAUGGUAUCAACACGAGUACAAUUCCUGUGUGGCACUCCGAACUCAUGAAAGCAGAGAAGCGAGGCAAGGGACUGUCCAUUGAGCUUGCAAUCAACAUCUUUGGCGUGGCCACUGCUUACUGGGUCGAUUACGGGAUGAGCUUUGUUGCGAAUGAAUCACAGUUCCGAUUCCCCUUGGCUCUUCAGAUCUUAUUUGCUCUGGUCACAGCUGCGGGACUCUUCGCGUGCCCUGAAUCACCAAGAUGGCUCAUUGCGCACGACCGCUUCGAAGAGGCUCGCGAUGUCCUCUCACGCCUCCGUCUUUCCUCCGAGAAUCAAGAUACCGUGAAUCACGAAAUGGCGGAUAUCAAACAUGCUGUCGAUGAAGAACGUGCUGCAGCAGCUGGCAAUGGCUUUCGAGCUUUGACCAAAGACGGCGGGCAGCGCUUCAGGUACCGCACUCUGUUGGGUAUUGGAGGGCAAUUCAUGCAGCAACUCAGCGGCAUCAGUAAGACAUACUUGACACAUUCUCAUUUGCGUAAUGCUUACAGCAAUACAGAUCUCAUCACCUACUACGCCCCUGUCAUUUUCCAGCAAUCGGUCGGAUUAUCUCAUUCACUCUCGCUGCUCCUCGCUGGCUUCAACGGGAUUGCAUACUUCUUCUCCUCACUCCCUCCGAUUUGGGUCCUCGAUAGACUCGGCCGCCGAAAACUCAUGCUCUUCGCCUGUGCUGGACAAGCAUGCUGCAUGGCAAUCCUUGCCGGAACAGUCUGGGAUGGCUCUACUUCCUCUGGCAUUGUUGCAACGAUCAUGCUCUUCUUGUUCAACUUCUUCUUUGCUGUCGGUCUGCUUGCUAUUCCAUGGCUGCUGCCGGCAGAGUACGCACCGCUGGCCAUUCGUACGAAAGCUGCCAGUUUGGCCAGUGCUAGCAAUUGGAUCUUUACGUUCCUGGUCGUCGAGAUCACGCCUGUCAGUAUCAAGAGCAUCGGGUACAAGACUUACAUUUACUUUGCCAUCUUCAACGCAUGCUUCUUGCCGUUGAUCUACUUCUUCUACCCAGAGACACGCAACUUGUCGCUCGAACAAAUCGAUCGUUUAUUCACUGGGCCCAAGGUUGUUCUUCACAUCAAGGAUGCUAUUGGAGGAGCCGAUAUCGUUGCGCCUGAUACUGCUGCAAACGGUGACACCAAGGAGAUUGUUGUGGAUCGUUUGGACAGGGUUGAUUGA